CAAUUUACAUUGACUCCUUCUUUCUUGGUUGCCCUCUUUAGCCUUCCAACCAUAUGAUAUUUGUUCAUUACUUAAUUAAACAAAGGCUAACAAAGUUGAUUAAUCUCAGAAAUAUCUCUGUCUAACUUCUUUCAUGGCUUUCAAAAUCAUACUUCAGUUAAUUGUAAUUCAUUUCUGGGUUUUAACACCUACAAUCUUUGCACAAGAUUCAAAGCAGUUCAUAUAUCAAGGCUUCCAACAAGCCAAUCUUCAUCUUGAUGGAGCUGCAACAGUUGCAGCUAAUGGACUGUUGCAGCUAACCAACUAUUCAAAACAGCUAACAGCUCAUGCUUUUCAUCCACAACCUCUAAAUUUCUCUUCUUCAUCAUCUCUCUCAUUUUCCACCCAUUAUGUUUUUGCUAUGUACCCUGAAAUUCAAUCCAUAAGUGGUCAUGGAAUUGUGUUUGUUCUAUCUCCUUCAAUGAGCUUUCCUCAUGGUGUUCCAGGCAAGUUUUUCGGUCUUUUUAAUUCUUCGUCGGAUUUUAUGCCUUCAGAUCAUAUAUUUGCUGUGGAGUUAGAUACCAUUCAGGAUUUUGAAUUCUCUGAUCUUGAUAGCAACCAUGUUGGAAUUAAUAUCAAUAGUCUGAUAUCAAAUGCAUCAGCUUCAGCUGCUUAUUUUUCUGAUGCUGAAAAUGUGAAUAGAAGUCUUAACCUUUUAAGCGCAAGAAGAAUGCAAAUUUGGAUAGAUUAUAAUCAUGAGAACAUGUUAGUUCAGGUAACAAUGGCUCCUAUUGAAGUCCCUAAACCAAGUAGGCCUUUGUUAUCUUUUCGUGUCAAUCUUUCUGAAGUUCUUUCAGAGACCAUGUAUGUCGGUUUCUCUUCAUCUACUGGUUCAGUGGCUAGUAGUCAUUAUCUACUUGGGUGGAGCUUUGCCCACGGUGGAGAGACGGCUCAAAGACUUGAUUUAUCAAAGCUUCCUCGGCUUCCUCGUUAUGGAAGUCGAGGGAGAAAAUUGAGUGUGGGGUCUAUGAUCCUGGUCAUUGUGAUAUCAGUGAUAGUGAUAACAGUUGGAUUGAUUUUUUAUGUUAUAAGAAGGAAGAAGUAUGAGGAAUUAAUAGAAGAUUGGGAGAAAGAGUACCUUCUGCAGAGAUUUUCAUUUAAAGAUCUUUACAGAGCUACAAAGGGGUUUAAAGAUAAGGAGGUUUUGGGAGCUGGAGGUUUUGGGAAGGUUUAUAAAGGAAAUUUAACUUGUCCAAAACUUGAAGUUGCUGUUAAGAGAGUUUCACAUGGUUCAGGCCAAGGAAUGAGAGAAUUUAUGGCAGAAGUUGCUUGUAUGGGGAGGUUAAGACACCGUAAUUUGGUACAACUCCUAGGGUAUUGUCGAAGAAAAGAAGAGUUGAUCUUAGUCUAUGAUUUUAUGCCUAAUGGAAGUCUAGACAAGUAUCUUUACGAGGAUGAAAAACCAAAUCUUUCAUGGAGUGCGAGGUUCAAGGUCAUUCGUGGUGUGGCUUCUGCACUUGUAUAUCUUCAUGAAGAGUGGGAACAAGUUAUUGUGCAUAGAGAUGUUAAGGCUAGUAACAUUCUAUUAGAUGCUGAGAUGAAUGCAAGACUAGGUGACUUUGGACUAGCAAGAUUAUAUGAUCAUGGUAGCAAUCCUCAGACUACUCAUGUGGUAGGAACUGUUGGAUAUCUUGCACCAGAGCUCACUAGAAAGGGGAAGGCAACUACUUGCACUGAUGUGUUUUCAUUUGGAGUUUUCAUUCUUGAAGUUGCUUGUGGGAGGAGUCCAAUUACCCUUAAUGGUUCGAAUGCAGAAACGUAUUUAAUUGAAUGGGUAUAUGAAUGCUGGAAGACAGGGGUGUUAAUUGAGGCAGGGGAUCCUAAAUUAGGAGGGAAUUACGUUGUGGAUGAAAUGGAACUAAUUUUAAGACUAGGCAUGUUUUGUUGUCAUCCUAGGCCUGAAGGAAGACCUAACAUGAGGCAAGUUAUGCAGUUUUUAAAUAGAGAUAAUACUUUGCCUGAGAUGAUUCCUUUUGAUGCUAAAGCUGCUCACUCUACAUCCAACAAUCAAAUUUCAUUUCCCACAUCUUCUGUAGGCAACUCUGCUUAUGCUUCAUAUAGCAGUGAAUCCAUACUACAAGUCGGUCGUUAGUCUAGUGAAUUUUAUGGUUACAUAAUGUAUUUCUUUUUUAUUUCUGCAAGGUUUUGUAAUGUAUUUUAAGUAUUUUUUAGGGCAAGUUAAUUUCUCAGGUAACUUUUGCUUAUAAUGUUUGGAGUUGGCCUGACUUUGGGAGAGAUUCUUGUAUCGAAGAUAUCUGUACGUGUAAAUGAUCAUAUCUGAUUAGUGAAAUAACUGCCUGAAAGCCCCCAGGAAGUCAGGAACAGCAGUUUUUGGUAGAA